UCAACAAUGAACCUCUUUCCAUUUUUAACGCUAAUUUGUUGUUUACUUCUCCCAUCAUGCCUUGCCAUCUUCGGCGGAUCAUAUGUAACAGAUCAAACUGACUACAGAUUUCAAGUUUCCAUCCGUUUGAAGCAUUUCGAGUCGAGUUACGGCAACGGAUACAUGUGCAGCGGAACAAUUAUUUCCAAAUAUUCGAUUUUGACCUCUGCACAAUGCGUUUAUCAUUAUCAAGAUAACAAAAUUCGUGAUCCAAAGGAAUUUCGUAUUGUGAUGGGAUCGUUAUGGCGUUCGAAAUUUUAUCCAACGUUGCUCGAAAGGGACAUUGCCAAAAUAACCAUUCACAAGAGUUUUAACAGCGAUUCCUCAAAUCAUGAGAACGAUUUGGCGAUUUUGCGUCUUGUUACAGCUUUACCGCAAGUUGCUCGUGAUAUUGCUCCCAUCGAACUUCGGGCAUCGAACAAUACGAACAAUUUGAUCGGAAAAAUCAGUUCUUGGGGAGACACAAAUCCUGAAAUGCCGACUGAGUUUUCGGAUGUUUUGAAGAAAAUUGAUGUUUCCGUUCAAACUGCUGACAAAUGUCGAAAUCUUAUUGGGACUCUUGCGCCGGGUCAACUUUGUGUCACAACCCGCACGAAUGGAAGCACUUGUUACGGCGAUUUGGGAGCUCCUUUCAUCGUCGAUCGACAACUCGUUGGCUUCGUUUCGGAAGAAAAAGCAUGCGGACUGACUUCGGAUCAACCAAUUGUCUUAACAUCCGUUGCUUACCACAAACGAUGGAUUGACGCGAACGCAGGUGUGAAUUUAAAAUCCUUUUCUGUGUUAACGACACUCUUGGCAGUUGUUGCGUUGAUAAAUUAAUCAACGUGCGAAUAAAUUCCUCAAUAAUCAGUCA